GGAACGUUGAUUGCUGUGGUGAGGGAUGUGGUGCCGUUGUAUGGAUGACAAUAUUAUUGUAGCCUUCCCGUGACCGACGUUUCAUUUUAGUUACAACAUUAGUAAAUCACUGAGAGCUUUUAUCAACCCGAUUCCAUCACUCUAUCAGUGGAUCUCAGCUCUUACUGAAGAUGGAUGCCUCAGGGUACCAAAAGAAGAAAAGAGUCCAGAUUGUCUUUUCAUCUGAUGACGAGGGAGACAGCGCGGCCGACAGCGAGGAGGACGUGAUCACGCACUUCCCGGUGUCGGUGCCGGGCAGCGCGGCCGCCAACGGCCGCGUGCCGGUCGUCCUGGAGGAGAACAUCAGCCACCUGCACGCGCUCCAGGAGGACAUCCAGCAGAUGCGGCAGCUGACGGCCUCCGCCCACCGCGGCUCGCACAAGGUGGUGCACCGCCGCUACACGCGGCUCAGCUCGUCCUGCCCGUCGCUGAACCAGGAGUCGGACGACGACACGUGGACGACGGACCGCACCGAGGCGCUGCCCGCCAUCCAGGUCACCUCGCACGAUCCACACAAGCUGUCGGUGGGCGGCGCCGCGUCAAGCGAGGACCGCCGGAGGAGCUGGUCGGGCCGCAGCAGGGACGGCCAGGACGGAGUUCUCAGGAGCAGCCUCAGCCUCAGCAGCUUGGAAUCGGAACCGGAUGACUCCAGCGCCGGCAAAAAAGAUGAGGGCCGGCUGGGCACGGCCGCCAGCGUCGGCGUCAGCGCCAGCACCCAGGAGCUGCGCUCCACCGCGCAGAGUGUCUCCUCGGGGCUGCAGGGCAAGCACGGCAGCUCGCAGUCGGCCAGCGCCGAACCCCGCGUCAAGAUGCAGAAGUCGCUGUCGACGCCGUCCAUCCUCAGCUCGCGCGAGACCACCGAGGUGGACGCCGGCAAGCUGACUGGUCUGCUCAGCAACGAUUCGGACGAUGACGACGAGCGCCAGGAGCUGGUGGCCAUGCGCUCCGCGCCGCCCGACACCUUCAUGCGGGACCCGUCGUUCCUGGAGGACGACCGCAAGCAGCGACGCAAGCGGAGCAGCAUCUUCUUCAGGAAGAAGAAGGACAAGGAGAAGGCCGUUAAGAAGCACUCCCAGUCGCUGACGCUGCUGCAGCGCGGCUCGCAGGCGGUGGCCAGCGGCCGCUGGCUCAACAGCAGCACGCUCACCACGCCCAAGGUGUCGCCGCCGAUCGCUGACUUCAGCCGCAAUAAGUCGGCAUCUGACAUGGAGGACCCGCUUCUACAAUACGAUGCGGCCAACUUCGCUGACCCGUUCGACGCGCCCGUGAUGUCGCUCGGCGACUCGGUCGACGACCCGGACCUCAAGCUGCUGGACGAGGAGUCGGAGGCGUGGAGCGGCUCGGUCGACCGCAAGAUCCUGAAAGGGCUCACCGAGAAGCAGAUCAAGCGCCAGGAGCACGUGUACGAGUUCGUGAUGACCGAGAAGCACCACUGCGUCACGCUCAAAGUCAUGCAAUGGGUGUUCGCCGAGGGCAUGCGGAAGGAGCUGGGCUACACGCCGGAGAUGAUCGGCCGCCUCUUCCCGCGGCUCGACGACCUCAUCCAGGUGCACAUGACGUUCCUGCGCCACCUGCGCGAGCGGCAGCGCCGCAGCCUGUACGUCGAGCAGUUCGGCGACCUCCUGCUGCAGGACUUCGGCGGCGAGAUCGGCGAUCAGAUGCGCGACUGCUACGGCGAGUUCUGCUCCAAGCACACCGAGAGCGUGGCGCUCUACAAGGACAUGCUGAAGGCGGACCGUAGGUUCCAGGAGUUCAUCCGGCGCUGCAGCCUGCACCCGCUGCUGAAGAAGAAGGGCGUGCCCGAGUGUAUCCUGUUCGUGACCCACCGAGUCACCAAGUACCCGCUGCUGAUCGAGCCGCUCAUCAAGACCAGCCGCGACCAGGAGCAGGAGAUCACCAACCUGACCAAGGCCCUGCAGCUGGUCAAGGAGAUCCUAGUGGACGUCAAUGCUCAGGUGGCCGAGAAGCAGAAGGAGGCACGCCUGCUGGAGAUAUACAACAAGAUCGACGCUAAGUCCACCGCCUUCUACAAGGGCAAGAAAUUCAAGAAGUCGGAUCUGCUCAGUGGCAAUCGAGUGCUCAUGUUCGAGGGAAGCGCGGCGCUGAUGCAGGCGCGCGGCCGGCCGCUGCUCGUGCAGGUGAUCGUCAUGUCCGACGUCGUCUUCUUCCUGCAGGAGAGCAAUCAGAAGUACCACUUCGUCUCGCAGGAGGGCAAGGCGGGAGUGGUGUCGCUGCAGCGGCUGCUGGUGCGCGACAAGGCCGGUGGCGAUAGUCGCGGCAUAUACCUGAUCUCCAACCUGAACGAGCCCGGCAUGUACGAGAUGGACUGCACCAUGCCACGCGACAAGCGCAUCUGGAUGGAGUCCAUCAGGAGCAGCUGCGGCAGGAGCAGAGCGACGUGGGCCAGCAGCGCGAGCUUCUCUACCGCCAGCUGGACGCGCUCCGCUCGCAGGGCAUCAUGCUGUCGCCCACUCUGCAGGUGGUAACCACGGCACAGCCGGCGGCGGCGGCCGAGCCGGCCGACGAGGCGGGUCCGGCGCCGGCGCCGGCUGCCGCGCCGCCGACCGGCCGCACCGCCGCCAAGCUGAAGUCGUCCAGCUCGAUGCUGCGCCGCGGCGACGUGACGGCACUGCCCAGUCAUCUGCUCAGCUCGAUCAACCAGCAGAAGGCGGCGGCGGCGGCCGGCGCGCACCAGCCGCCCGUCAAGCAGGAGCUGCCGAUGAAGCUGGCCAAGCUGUCGGCGCUGGGCGGCGGCGGCGGCGGCGGCGGCCGUGCACCGGCCGCGGCUCCGGCCACCUCUCCAGGCGGCGGCGCCGCGCAGCAGGGCUCGCCGGGCGUGCAGCAGAUGCUGCCGAUGAAGCUGAGCGAGGACCGCGGUGGCCGGCCGCCGGCGCAGGGCGGCUACCAGCGGCUGGGCGGUACGCCGCAGCGGCAGGCGGCGCAGCGCACCAACACCUACCCCAAGAUCGUCUCCACCGUCAGCGUCACGGCUGACUCUGAGGAGAUCAUCUUCUUCUGA